AUGGCCGACAAGUUUGUAAUGGCCCACGCUGGAGCAAAAAAGGUCGAUGCUAGAGUGAACGACAUAUUUGCCAUCAAGCAAUCUCUAGGAGAGGAAUUAAGGGACUUCCUCGCCCGGUUCAACAGAGUAAGGAUGACUUUGCCAAACGUGUUUGAAGGGAUAGCAGUUGCAGCCUUUCAGAAUGGGUUGAGCAGGAAUGGCUCAAGAGCAACGAGGAAACUAUUAAGCCGGUUAAUGAAGUAUCCUCCAACCACUUGGGAUGAGAUCCACAAUGCUUAUUGCGCUGAGGUCCGUGCAUAUGAGUAUGACCUCAAUGGGCUGACCCACCGGUUAACCUCAGUACAAGCGGAUUCACGAAAAGAUCACAGAGACAACUCCAGAAGAGAUCACCCGAUCCCAGAGCCUAACAGGGAACAACACCAACCAUACAUCAAGAUGGCGACUGCCUCCUCUCUUCGCUACGAAGAAGGUCCAUCCAGACCCAGGAUGGUAACUCAUCGAAACGAACGAGAGAUAGUCUACGCCUUGGAGAAGCUCGGACCAAAAGUGAAGUGGACGCCGAAGAUGAGAUCAGACCCUAAUACCAGAAAGUCAAAUGCCCUCUGUGAGUUCCACCAAGAGCGAGGGAACAAAAUGGAAGACUGCAUCGCCCUGAGAGAGCGCGAACAUCAAGGGCCACCUAAACCACGAUCACUAGCCCGUACCAUCAACAUGAUCAUCGGAGACGACGUCUCUAUCAACAGCGUGAAGUUCACCACUACACACAAACUUAAGCGAUCCAUCACCCGCGAACGGUACGACGAGCUCGAAAAAUGUAUCAUCUUCGACAAGUCAGAUGCUGACAAUUUGGUCUUCCCUCAUCAUGACGCGCUCCUCAUUACUCUGCGAAUUUUGGAUACUGAUGUUAAACGUAUUAUAAUUGCUGAUGAAAGUGGCGCAUGCAUCAUCCAUCCCCGACCAUGCAGAUAUGCUAGGUAUCCCAAAGGAAAUCGCCACGCACAAACCGAACGUCGACCCAUUUCACCCCCAGUAAGACAGGUCAGGCAUAAGUAUAAUUUUGCAAUUAAUGACGCGUUACAUGAAGCGGUGGAAAAACUGUUGGAAAAUGGCUCCAUCAGGGAGUCAAACUACCCCCAGUGGGUCACCAAUGUAGUCACGGUGAAAAAUGGCUCCAUCAGGUAG